AUGGUAGAAGAUCAGGCCAAAAGUGGUCGCAAGCGCGGUCGCCCUCGAACUGUGACCGACGAUCGAGAGGUGCUAGAGAAACGUCGCAAACAACUCCGUCUUGCACAGCAGGCAUAUCGCAAACGAAAGGAGACCACGAUCAGCAAUCUGCAGAAUCGCGUACACGAAUUAGAAACCGGCAUUGAAGAUCUCGGCCACUCUUUCCUCUCCCUUAGCGACCUUCUUAUAAAAGAGCAACUUGUCUCGCAACAUCCCGGUAUCGCCUCGGCACUUGAAGCCAUAACUCAGAAAUGCGCAUCUCUUGCAAAGGCUGGAAGUCAGGAACCGACCGAGGCCACCAUUGUUCGCGCCACACCAAGCCCUGAAAUUGCAGAUAAUAAUACAGUCCCGAAACCAGUUCUGGACAAUUCCUAUUCAGAUAGCUCAACAGACGUCGAAAAUAUAAUUCGAUCGGCUGCCACAAGCUGGCCUGCAUCUUCAACUCCACCAUAUCAAGAUCAAUCCAUGCCAUUUGGUUGCGUCAUGUCAUCUCCUGUCCAAUUCCCCUAUGUCAGCCCGCCAUUAUCGGACUCCCCAUCGACACUAGAUUUACUCCCCAGAGAUGUAACCCCAGAGAGAAAAUGGAAUAUUGCGCAACGUAUAGUCCGGACUUGUUGUCACAACGGAUACCGCCUCCUCAUCAACAGCCCCGAUCAUCCGAAACUAGAGGGGGUCUUUGGUCCUAUGUUGAGUCUGACGGAACGCAAUCGUCUCAUAUCGGGCUUUUAUGCUGUCACGCAGGAUAAGAUUGGCGAUUUAACAGAUCUCAAAGCCAAUGUGCUUCAUAUUCUACGGUCCAAUAUGAGUACAUUCUCCCAUGAACAACUCCAGAUCCCGUCUAGAAUUUGGCAAAUUGGACUGGAAUCUGCCUCUGGUGAAUGGAUGGAUGGGAAUGGCGUGCAACAAUACCUAUGCGAUAAGCAAGCCAUCUUUGAGAAUUAUCCUGAUUCCUCUGGUCGUCCUGAGUAUUCAGUCUCGUCCUCAGUCGACAUCACGGCUUUCAUCAAAUGUGAGUUAUCGGCAGCUGGUUACUUUGAUCAGAAUACUAAUGCCAUUGAAGUCCUCGCGAUGGAAGCCAUAUGCGUUGGGAAUGGGCCGGCAUUCCAACGGCAGAACGUGGAAAAAGCACUUCGUCUGGCAACCAAAAGUAUCGCCUGGACUUUCGAUAAUCUGUAUGAUUUAUGA